AUGCAUUCUUCCCUCGUCCGCCUCCAGAAUGUCUUUGGCUUCUUCACGACAGUUGUGACGGUUCUCGCCUGUCUGAUUGCCGUGACAGAUUUGCUGCACGCGCGCACACCGAGUGCGACCGUCCGGCCAGCCGGUCUGCAAGUAGUCCGCGGCCGUCCGCACUACUACAGCAAGAAGAAGGAGGAGUACGCCGUCGUGCGCUUCCACCUGGACGCCGACCUGUCGUCGCUCUUCACUUGGAACACGAAGCAGGUCUUUGUCUAUGUCACGGCCGAAUGGGGCGACGAGCACGCCAACGCCACCGAGGCCACCAACACCGCUGUCAUCUGGGACAAGAUCAUCACGAGCCCCAGCUCCGACCACCUGGCCAACAUUGGUCCCGUCGCGAUGCGCAAAUUGCGCAAGAGCUCCGAGGGCAAGGCCAUCGACCCGAGCCGGUAG